GCCGGGCAGGGUCCGGCCCAGAGCGCGGCCCUGUUGCUGCCGCGGUCGGAGGCGCAGCUGUGCCCCGGCCCGACGCGGGGCCGCCGUCUCGCCCGUCACAGGCGGCCCGGCGCGGCGGCCAGCGCGGGGCUCAUGGCCCAGUUCUAGGUCCAAUGAUUAGUUCUGUGACAAGACAGCAUGACACUUUGAGUAUGACAGAAGCCCUGAUGCUGCAGCAGAGGCUGGGAAUAUUAAUGGCCAAAUCUAGAGAUCAGAUGGUCUUCUGAAGAAGUCAUGGGUAGCUGUUGUAGCUGUCCAGAUAAAGAAACUGUCCCAGAUAACCACCGAAACAAGUUUAAGGUUAUUAAUGUGGAUGAUGAUGGUAAUGAACUGGGUUCUGGCAUAAUGGAACUUACAGAUACAGAACUAGUUUUGUACACCCGUAAAAGGGACUCUGUAAAAUGGCACUACCUCUGUCUCCGUCGCUAUGGCUAUGACUCAAAUCUUUUCUCUUUUGAAAGUGGUCGAAGGUGUCAAACUGGACAAGGAAUCUUUGCCUUUAAGUGUGCCCGGGCAGAAGAGCUAUUUAACAUGUUACAAGAGAUAAUGCAGAAUAAUAGCAUAAAUGUGGUAGAAGAACCAGUAGUAGAAAGGAAUAAUCAUCAAACUGAGUUGGAAGUACCAAGAACCCCUCGAACACCUACCACUCCUGGAUUCAAUGCACAAAGUUUACCCAACGGCUAUCCCAGAUACCCAUCUUUUGGAGAUGCUUCAUCACACCCUUCCAGCAGACACCCUUCUGUCGGCAGCGCACGCCUCCCCUCUGUCGGUGAAGAGUCAACACAUCCUUUACUUGUAGCAGAGGAGCAAGUGCACACUUACGUAAACACUACUGGAGUCCAAGAGGAAAGAAAAAAUCGAUCAAGUGUGCAUGUGCCACUGGAAUCAAAGCUUUCAAACACUGAAACAACUAAAGCAAAAGAAGAUCAGAUGUGUACUGAUGACAGAGAUGCUCAGGUUCUCCUGGAGCCUGAAGCAGUGAAGUUUGUUUUAGGACCAACACCUGUUCAAAGGCAGUUAAUGGAAAGAGAGAAACUGGAACAACUUGGGAGAGAUCAAGUUAGUGGCAGCAGCACAAACAACACUGAAUGGGACACUGGGUACGACAGUGAUGAACGUAGAGAGACACCAUCUGGUAAUAAAUUGGUGUAUGAAAAUAUAAAUAGGUUAUCAAUCCCUAGUGCCUCAGGGGUCAGGAGAGGUCGCUUGACAUCAACCAGUACCUCAGACACCCAGAACAUUAACAACUCUGCUCAGAGGAGAACUGCGCUGCUGAACUACGAGAACUUGCCAUCCUUGCCUCCUGUUUGGGAAGCCCGGAAGCUGAGCAGAGAUGAAGACGACAGUUUAGGACCAAAGACCCCGUCUCUGAAUGGCUACCACAAUAACCUAGAUCUAAUGCAUAACUAUGUCAAUACAGAGAAUGUAACAGUACCAGCAAGUGCUCAUAAAGUAGAAUUUACACGACGUCGGGACUGUACCCCAACAGUCUUUAACUUUGACAUUAGGCGUCCAAGUUUAGAACACAGGCAGCUCAACUAUAUACAGGUUGACUUGGAAGGUGGUAGUGACUCUGACAACCCUCAGACUCCAAAAACCCCCACCACUCCACUUCCGCAAACUCCAACCAGGCGCACAGAGCUGUAUGCUGUGAUAGACAUUGAAAGAACUGCUGCUAUGUCAAGCUUGCAAAAAGCACUGCCCCGAGAUGACGGUACUUCUAGGAAAACUAGACAUAACAGUACUGACCUGCCUAUGUGAGCCUGGGGAGCAUUGAAUCAUUUGCACCUUUUGUGAAGUUUAUAAAAUUGAAGAUGCGAGUACUUUGCAUUUCUUAACACUAACGCCUUUUAUAGACUAAUAGAACUUUUUCUGCAUACUUCAUGUACUUGUCUUACUAAAGGGAAUUAAUGUAGAGCAAGUAUUCAUUUUAGCUUAACACUAUUUCAUUCUACAGUAGAAGUAAUUACUGCAUAGCAGCAUCACCACCUUUCACAGUGCCUCUUUGAUUAGAGUCUGAGUGACAUGCCAGUUUUGAAUUUAUAAAUAUUCUGGUCUGGUGCCUAUAUUCAUUAAUGGCAUUUAUAACACUUUUUAAAGCCUCUUGAUAUGUGCAUUAUUAGCAGGUAAACCUAAUCUUUCAAUAUACAUAUCUGAUGUUCAUUCCUCAUUGAAGUGGUUCCUCCAGAAUGAAUUGUGUGUAAUAUGUUAAUUCACACAGUUUGACAUACACACGAUAUAUUGGUUCAUCUCAAGGAAUAUAAACAUCACAUCUUUUUUGUCUGUGGGCAAGAAGGCCUCUAAUUCCCGACAGUUUUCUUAACUUGUGUGAUAUUUGAGAGGUCCCAUUGAUGGUCGUUGAUCAGAGCUAUAAACACAUCAAAAAUCAACCUUAAGCUCCUUCCCAUGGAAUAGAAUUCCCAGUGACAUAUCAAAUUCCCUCUGAAAUCUGACAAAAAAUUUAUCUCAUUAGAGUUUUGGGGUUUUUUGUGAAGGAAUUCACAGGUGGGCUGUGUGAAUUAAGGCUCUCUUGUCAUUUCUUAGUUCAGUGUGCCUUCUUUUCUUUGCAUUUGUGUGUUUCCUUUUUAUUUGUUCCAUAAUGUCUUGUUUUAAAAGUCAUAAUUUUGUACAUAGCUUUAAUUGUCCAGGAUCAUCUAUGUAUUUGUCUUACUCUCUGCAUUUGACAAAGCAAGACUCUUGAAGGUCAAAUGGUUGUCUUCGUCCAGUGUUCUACUUUUUUAUGCCUGACAGAAAUAUCCCAGCUCUCCAGCCGCAUGCAUUAUUGCACAACUGGAAAGGUUUAUUAUGCAGUUAUUGUCUUCCUCUAAAGCAUCAAACACAGGUUACAUGGGAGGCAGGGUACUGGACUUGAUAGUUCUUUAUAGGAAGUUGUACGUUCUAGCAAUGUGCAUCCAUAGGUGAUAGUGUACUUUAAUUUAAAAAGAUACAUAGUAAAUUAUCUGGAGGUAGUAUUAUCUAUGAGCAUACUUGUUUUCCUUUUGCAGUUGGUGAAUUUGGUUACAGUGAUGGCUGCUCAGUGUUACAGGUACAUCCAGGUAGAAUGUUAUUUGUUGAAUAUGCCAGAGGCACCUAGACUUUUUUUUUUUCUGUUUUGUUUAUUAAUACUCUGAAUAAUCUUAGAAUUCUGGCAGUAUUGCAGGUGCACCUUGGUACUAGCAGCAGAAGAGAUUGCUCUUGAGCCUGUGAUUGCAAAGGAACCGACACUUGUGUGAGCUGGUAUGAUGUAAAAUUACCCUUGAACUGUGAGGAAAAACAUGCAAGAAAAGCCAUUUGGAGAUCUGAAAAAGCAUUAGGUCUCCAUGCAAUAUUUGAAUUGAAGUUUCAUAAAAACCAAACUACAAUUAUUUUCUGUCUUUUAAAUUGGUGUGUAUUUCUGUUCCUACAACUUUUUUCUUUGGUCUUCUCUCAUUUAGUAGUGAAGCAGUAGUAGCAGCACCUGAAAUAUGUCUCUUGCCAUACCAAUAGGUGGCAUCAGGCCAUCUUUUUCACUCUGGCUUUCAUUAUUCUUUACAGACUGUAUGGUACUGAAAUACCAGAUGGACAAACAACAUAAUUUACUGAAGUAAAAGACGGGAGUCAUUAAGACUAUUGUGAGGAACUUAAAAGAGAUUUUUUUUUAAUAAAAAAAUUAAUUAAUUACUUCAUGGUCAGCUUCUGCAUACUCUUGUGAUAGACUUGCUGACUUGUGAGGAGACCUUGGUACUCAAGAAGGUAAAGACUACCUAGAGCUAGGCAUUUUAAAGGUUGUAGCCAGGUGGGGCAUUGGUCUCUUCUCCCAGUCAGCCAGCAGCAGGACAAGAGGACAUGGGCUUAAGCUAAGAUGUUAGCAAGAAAUUCUUCACAGAAAGGCUGAUUAGGCAUUGGAAUGUGCUGGACAUGGCAGUUGGUGCCAUGGUCUUGUUGACAAGGUGGUGUUUGGUCAUAGGUUGGCUUCAGUGAUCUCAGAGGUCCUCUACAAGCCUACUGAUUCUGUGGUUCUGUAACUGCUCCCUCACAUCUUUGCCAUUGCCUCACCUUAUGGACCUCCUGGUCUUUACUGAAGAGAAAUUACCAUGUAUUACAACUUAGUUACUGGGUUAAUAAUAUUGGUGUGAUUCUUGUUCUUGGCAUAUAGCUCACUUAAAUUUGUGAGCUGCAUGUGUUUUGAGGCAAACCUGUUUGAUCUAGCUAGCUGCUUAGCAAUAUAUGGUCCUCAUCUGUAUAGUUUGGACUAAUUAACUGAACCCUUAAAACACACCUGUGAGGCAGGGAAGUAAUAAUAUUCUUAACUACUAAAUAGGGAAGCAGGGGCUUUGGGUAGAUCAUAAGUGACCUGCUGAAAUUUCAACAACCAGCCAUAUCCCUCCUUAGUUCCAGUGCACUGUCCUAUGCAUUUAUUUUGAAUAGUCUCAGAUAAAAAGAAUGGUCUGAGCAAAUUUUUUACAUUGUUGCAAGUUUCACAAUGUUUUCUUAGCUCUGGUCCCCAGAAUUGAGAACAUAAUGAAAUUUCAACUGUCUGUAGCCUUAAUUAUAUUAAGAAGUCUGAUGACAUAUUUUCCAGGACUACUUUUUAACCUGUUAUGUUUCACAGGUGGGAUAACACUUUCUUGUUUUGUGUACGCUGCAAACAUGCUGGGUAGUCCCUGUCACCCACACUACUCAUCUUUAGCAUUCCUUAUUUUCUGCCCCUUGAAGUAGAUGCAGUUGCAAUGCACUUUACCCUUUGAGACUUGGUAAAUAUUUUUUCAAUUCAGUCUCUUUUAAAGGCUGUGAUGUUAGAUUUAGUGUCUGUAAUCUAGGAUUCAGUUUUCAGCUGAAAUCUCUCCAUGGUAUUUAGAACAUAUUUAUUUUGGGCCCACAGGUGUAUAGACUGAGAAAGUAGAAAUAUGUAACCAUUUUCUUUAGUAAAUGUGGUGUGUUAAGUUUACAUAAACUAGAUCCUGUAAAAAUGGUAGCAUAUCCAUCCAAUUCUGCUUUUCAUCCAUAAUGUGCAGUUGGUUGCUGCUCUUCAAACACAUUUGACAAGGGGAAACCUUUAACUGUAGGUAUUCCUUUAGUGCAAAGAUUUGGGAAAGACAUACAUUACUGUAUAUUUUAAACAAGGAAACUCAGUUGUUAAAGAUCACAGAAAAGUGACCAAAAGUACAUAAUAUUGUGCUAGAAAUACAGGGAAUGAGAAUUUAUUCCAUUGUUAUAUCAGGAAAAUUAUCUUUUCCUCAAAAUCGUGUCAGAAGGAGGACCAAUUGUUUUAAUUAUUGUGGUGUUUUUUGCUAACUUUCUAAAACAAUAUUGAAAAAGAGCAUUCUGAAAACCGUGACACUCGUUAGAACAUCUUAUGUUUCCCCCAAUAAGCAUGUUCUACAUGUAACAGGGAUUGAAUCUGAUGAUGUGCAUUGAAGCACUAUUACUAUUAAAGUCUUCAGACCUUUUCUAGAAAAUAUAAGUGUUGAAGUAGAAAUUUCAUAUAAUAAAUUGAUAAAAUGUCCUUCUCCCCACCGCCCCCCCACUCAAAUUGUGGAUAUUUGUGUGUGUUUGCACCUCUGAUUAGGGCUUGGGUGUAAAAAGGAUCACAGAAAUGCACGGAAAUAAUGUAAAGUGUACAAAGUCCAAACCAAUGUCAAAACAGGGCUGCUUUUUAUAGGUGACAGAUCAGCAAUGGAUUUUGCUGGUUUUAUAACACUGUGUAUUGGCUCAAAAUCUGUUCUUGUUUUUGUUUUAUAUUUACCCGCUUCUCAAUGAGAGACAUUCAAGAGAGAGCAGAUUGUUCUUACUCACUGUCGGUGAAGUAAGAGUGGAAAUUCUGAUUCAUGUCAGUAGUUUGAGCAUACAAUGAUGUAUCUGAUUUGGACAUCUAUUUUUAAGCAGUAUUUCUCGCUUCAUGUAAGGUGAGAUCAAUGGUGAAAUUCCAUUUCUGCACUGUACUAAUUUAUUUAAUGGCUGCAAAUAAGAUGAAACUAAUGGAGUAGGAACUAGUAGUGGUCUUAAAUCUGAAAUUCUCCUGUUUCCCUAAAGGAGUCUGGUCCUUCAUUGUGAUAGAUAGAGUUAGGUGGUUUUGGAAUUUAAUAUGAUCUUUCCCAUCUCUUCCUUGAGGUAGCAAUUCAGGCAUUUAUAUUUGACAGUAUUUACUUAAUAUAAACCUAAGUUCAUUUAUUAUAUCUUUAUUUUUAAUUCAUAUACACUCCAAGAAAAAAGAAAACCAGAAGAAAUUCCACCACAAAAAACUGCGUUAAGUUGGAGUCAGGUUUGCUGAUGUCCUUCUUACAGAAGAUUAUGAAAAAGGAAGUCAUGUUGAGGUUCUUUCACAAUCUUUAGGAAUUACUUCCUCUUUUGGACAAGAUGAGUGAAUCAGAAGGAAAAAAAAGAGCAACUUAGCAUCUGCAACUCUGACCAUGUAUACAUUAUUUCUUGUGCUGUGCUGUGCUGUGUGGUGUGUGAGUAAGUCUGUCAGAUGUCUUAUGAGGAUAUUUUCCUAACAUGGUGUUUACUCCAGAUUAACGCAGUAUUUUGUUUGGAAGUAUGUAGGUGUACAGGUAGAAAUAGAAUAUGAGAAAUAAGGUUGAUGAACAAGUGUUGGACAUUUCUAUAUUUUUAUACAUUAUGAAGGGCAUUUUUGGAAUUUUUCUUGCAGUUUUAGUAAUUAUUUAGUGUGGUAAUAUACAUAUAUUGUGACAAUGUUUUCCGCUAUAUCCAUUACUUUGGUGUAAUUCUAUUUUAUGUAGCACAUAUGUGUAUAUAGAAAGGAGAUUAUGUAAAAACUGUCAUUAAAAAAUAGGCUCAAGCCCUUCAGAACAGGGACCGUCUUCCUCUGUGUCUACAAAGUACUAAAUGCCUUGGGGUCCCAGCUAGAGCUCCUGUCUGAGACCUGUAGUGACUGAAUUGCCAAGUGAGGAGUGUGGGGGAAGCAGCUCCCUGCUUUCCGUGAGAAGCCUUAGUAUGAAAGGUGCCAUGAAGCUCACCCUGCCAGUCCCUGCUGCUGGGGCUGUGCAGUGUAUGGCUGUCCCCAGCACCGCCUGCCAAGCGACCCACAGAGCCCAUAGUAUCCUUUGCUCCAGUCCUUCUCCUUGGCAAUUGGAAAGGAAGUCUGACAAGGAGCUUUGAUGCCAUCAGGAAAUCUUCCUUGUUAGGGGGGUGACCCUUCCAGAGCUUGUUUGGUCUGCAUGCAGUGUCCUUUGAAGAGGAAGAAAUGAUUCCUGUUGACUUCAAGGGCCACUGGAUGUGCUCCUGCAAAAUCAAGUACUGCUGGUGUAACAGCUCUGUUAUACCUGAGGACCUGCUUGGUCAAGUUCUUCAGGAACGGUCUAAGAUGAUGUAAAAAUAUAUUUAAUUACAUGUACUGAAAACUAAAUCCUAUUUGUUGUGGUCAGAGUUCAGAUAAUUAUGGGAAUUUCGAUUUCUUAGUCAUAGUUGCAUAUAUAUUGCUUUAACUGUUGUGUAUGAAAGAGGAAGUGAUUCUAAAAUGUGUGAAAGAUCAGGAUUACACCUGUUUCUUAAUGGUAAUGUUAUUUAGGAAUGGAUGUCAGCGAAUUGAACUCCAUAAAAAUGCAGGUUUUUUUGCAUUGGAAUAUGUGUGUAUAUCAUACACCCACAUUUUAUAUAUAAUAUAUUAUAUAUUUGGUACUAACUUUGUAUUUUGAAAUUUUGCCAAAUCGCAAACACGGAUGUUCUCACUUGUAAGACUUCGGUACUUAAUAACUGAAUGUAUAAGAAAUGCUCUGGUAUGAGAGGAAAGAGUGUUGUAUGAUGUCCCACAGUCCAGAUGGCUCGACCAGCAGGCACGUUGCCUUUCUCACGUCUCGCCUCGUUGCAGCAUCACCUUUGGUCUCCUGGAAAGCAGUCUGUGUCCCGGCCAACCCGCAGGCCAGCCGCGCACCGCACUAGCGUCAAAGCUGACUGGUAGGAGUGAUACAGUAGUCACCAGUGUGCCACAAAUGCAUUUAUUAAAUGCAGAAAUAGACAUUUCUACAAAGGCCAAAAUCUUUUGUUGUAUGUUCCUUUCUUGUCAUUACAUUGUAUCAUAUUGUAAGAUUAUUGUAUGUCCUAAUUUGCAUUAUAAAAUGUUUUUUCCUACUUAAAGGCAUAAAUAUAGCAACUUUGUAUAAAGGUAGCUUUCUAGAUUUUUAUUUCUUUUAUAUAAAAAAAUCUAAACAGUGGGAGUACCAUUGCCAAAUUGUUUAUAAAAUUUCAAGUAAUUUUCCCUGUUCAGUGAAUUUGUUUUUACAAACAUUCCGUAUUUCUUAUACUAUGCAGAAAGAGUGUAUUUUUAUGCCAUUCCACAUUAAUCUUAAAAAAAAAAAAAUUCACUUCUUUUAAGCUGUUAUAGAGAAAGGUUACCAAAUGUGCAUUUUUAAAAAAAAUGUGUUAUGUACAUUUUUCCCCUUACCAGUGCCAACUUCAUUUGGAAAAAAAAAUUGUAGCAUGGCAAUAAACUAUUGAUUUUACAUUAAAAGUUGUCUGUGGGUUACUUCA